UGCCUGCACAGGAAAGCAUUGAAUACGGUCAGGUGCAGGCACAUGUAACCAAUAUCAAUGCCAAAAAAUGCAAGACUGCAUUUUCAGUGGAUAUCAGCUACAUGGCCCUGCACCCGGGUGUAUUCAAUGCUUCCCGGUGCAGGCACAAAAAGUUUCUGGGGCAUAUUCUCGGCAAGCAUUUUUCGGCUUGCUGAGAAUACACUAUGGGCCCAUUCAUUAAAGUACGACAGGUCCGAUUACUAAAAAUUUGUAUUUUUUCUAAAGAUUAGAACUUUUGAGUAUUUUCUAUGAUAUUUUCAUUAACUUACACAACUUUUUCGUGCUUUGUGAUAAUUUGUGCAAUAAAAUCGUAUUUGAGUAAUGAGUACGAAAGUUUCGGAAUCAAUUCAAGCUUCGGUAUCGUGACGUUCCUUUGGUCAGGUUGGAGCUGCAGAGUGCCAUUGAGUCCUAUGGGAGGCUUCAAAAAUCAAGUCAGAAAGUUCUUUGCGCCGUUUACGAUCGCAUGGAUACGAUAGAUGCAAAAAGGUUUAAUUUCUGGUGUCAGUAUCUCUUUAAAGAGCCAAAAUGCCAUUUUUUUAAAAAAUAAGAAUUUGAGCUCUUCUAGUGUAGAGAGCGCUAGUGCACUCUCUCAACUUGUCACUUAAAAAUAGGCAGGGUUGCUAUAGAGGAUUUCAUUCCCUAAUAGCAUUCCUCUGUCAACAGCUUCUAAAAAUAAAAAAAGCAUGACACUCCAUCUUUAGAACAGCAACAGUGACAAAGGCUGGUAGGAAACUCUCCUGGUAAAAGAUGAAAACUCUGCGCUUUAUCGGGGCUGAAGCAUUUAUAUCAGAUGAAGAAUAUGCCAAGAAAAAUGUCAAGAAUGUUGCCCACGAUCUUUAUCCACUGUUAUUCAAGGCUUGCUACUUACAUGAAAAGGUAGAAAUAAUCCAUCUCUUGGUAGAAAAUUGGCCACUGCAAGAUUUUAACCUUGGACAACUGCUUGGCAAUACAGUGGACUGCCCUGAAGAUAUAUGCCACUGGGCAUGCCAGCUUAGUCUAUCAGCUUGCUUUAAAGGCUUGAAAAGCUAUGUCUUAAAUUGCUCAUCCAACUACAUGAAGAGACUUAAAGUUGUGGAUUUAACAGCAAUAAAAGAUAUUGAAAUUCAACCAUGCAAAUGUAAGAAGACUUUGGGAAGGUGGACAAGAACAGAGUUCCUUACAAAGCUAUGUUAUGAUCUAUUAGUGGAAAUGCAAAGAAUGGAAAGCAACCCACUUGUCUUCAAUGUGAACAUCAAUGUUUUUAUGCACCUGUUUGUUACAGAAAGAAACUAUGAGCUUGUUGUUCAAGCAUUAUUAAUGAAAUGCCACUGCCCGCUAAAAAUAAGAUGCGUUGACUUUAGAGCUGAUAGUCUCUCGCUGAGGAAACUUUUUUAUGUGCUAAAGCUUGCUGACCCGGCUUCCAUAAACAAAUUAGAAAUUGUCCAUAAUGUGCCACUGGAACUUGAUCAUCUUGAAGUGCUUCUAAAUAAUGUAACUUUUCCCAAACUCUCUUCGCUUACAUUGCCUGCUAGGACCUUCAAUGUUACAAGAUACACAGCAGAAGAUGAAAUUGUUUUAUGUAAAGUUGGGGAAAAACUGAGCGACAUAACCCAGCUGACUGAACUAUGCCUGUCAUUUUCUAUUCUAACUGGCAAAAUAAGAAAACUGCUAAGCCCAUUAAAAACUCCUUUGAAAAUCCUCGAAAUUGCAAAUUGUUCUUUAAACCACGCAGAUAUGGCCUAUCUGUCAAACAGUCUACAUGCUGAGCAUUUACAAUUACUGGAUCUUAGUGGCCACAGUGUGACAGAGCUCUUUCCAUCAACAUUCUUUAAGCUCCUUUCGAAAGCUUCGAGGACACUUCGAACUCUUAUUCUUGAAGAAUGUAAUAUCGGAGAUAAUCAUGCCCAUAUGAUUGCAAUAGGCUUAGCACCUUGUCGCAAACUACAAGAGUUUAAAUUCCUCGGUAACCCAAUAUCCUCCAGAGCCCUUCGAUUUCUAUUUAAUAUUUUUGUUGAUCUUCCCCUACUUAAGUACAUUGAAUUUCCAAUACCAAGAGACUGCUACCCUCAUGAUGUCAGUUACCCACUAGAUGAAUGUACGCUUAUAAAAUUUGAUCAGCAAAAGUAUGAAAAUAUAAAAGAUGAUCUUCUCUCAAUUUUGCUUCAAGCUAAUCGUGAAGAUAUAACAGCUGCUACUCCGCUGUUUGGAAGUUAUGAUCCUGCAAUUGGAGAGACAAGCACUGAACUUGGGACUUGUCUAUUAACGUCAUUCAAACAAGCUUUAGAACAUUUCACAACAUCUUUGCAGAAGAUGAAUUAAACUGAAUAAACCUCACGUUACAAACUAAAUGUAUUUUGAGAAAUACAUAAAAGGGGAUCAAAAUCUAAAAGAAAAUGAUAUCUGAACUUCUGCAUUUCAUAUUCAUUUUUUACUUUCAUCAUGAGAUAUUUGCCGUUUUAGACAGCUAAUUUUAACUGAAUACAUGAAGAUAAUAGACGUAUGGUUCUUGGCACUAAGCCUUAAAAGAGCUGUUUAGCUGAAUGCUUGCUAUUAGCAGUCUAACACUGUCAAACCUGACAGAACUACUAAAAAUAGAAAUUGCUAAAUUGCACAGUGGACUGAUUAAGUUGACAUUUCUUUUUUGGGGUUUACAAUCCUUUUAAAGACCUAUAGAAUCUGAAUAAAACCUAUCCAGAUAUUUUAGAUCCCAAUAAUUCACCUAUUAAAGGAAAACUUUACCUUCAGAAUGCUUAAUUUAUAUCAUAAUGAUCUAUUAAUUGAUCAAUGGGCUGUCAAAACUGCUUGCUGAUGGCCGCAUACAUGCAAGAUUGGUUAACAGAGACCAAAAUCAAACUAACCAUAUGGCUGUAUGUAUGGAACCCAAUUGGUCUAUAGUUAGGUCUCUUUUUAAUGCUGUACUUUUCUCCAAUGCAUUUCCCAGUGAAUGGUGAAAUGUUUUAAAUAAAUGCUUGGUUCAAGA